GGGAGCGCGGGGCGGCAGAUCCGCUCUGCCGGGGAGAGCUGGGCAAGUUCGAGCUGGCAGCAUGGGGCGGUGACGCCGCACCGGCCUUCCGCUCCUGCCAGCCGGGCGAGAGCAGGCGGAGGAGGAGGAGCAGGACGAUGCACCCUCGCCGACGGUUUGACUCCCCGGCAGUAGGCACCUUGCAGAACAAGGAGUAGCUUGCUGGCUUUGAACGCGUGGCAAAUAUUUCAGAAAGCUUCAAGAUCAAGUUGAAGAAAGGAACUGUUAUUCUUCCAAAUUCAUCUGCUUCAACUAGUAUUCUUAUUGGGAAUGGACAAUGGAAUGUUUUCUAGCUUUAUCAUGAUCAAAAACCUCCUUCUUUUUUGUAUUUCCAUGAACUUAGCCAGUCACUUUGGCUUUUCACAAAUGCCAACAAGUUCAGUAAAAGAUGAGACCAAUGACAACAUCACAAUAUUUACCAGGAUCUUGGAUGGGCUCUUGGAUGGCUAUGACAAUAGACUGCGGCCUGGCCUUGGAGAGCGAAUCACUCAGGUGCGGACAGACAUCUACGUCACCAGCUUUGGCCCAGUAUCCGACACGGAAAUGGAAUAUACCAUAGACGUGUUUUUCCGACAAAGCUGGAAAGAUGAAAGGCUUCGGUUUAAAGGGCCCAUGCAGCGCCUCCCUCUCAACAACCUCCUUGCCAGCAAAAUCUGGACCCCAGACACAUUCUUUCACAACGGGAAGAAGUCCAUCGCCCACAACAUGACCACGCCCAACAAGCUGCUGAGGCUGGAGGACGACGGCACUCUGCUCUACACCAUGCGCUUGACUAUUUCUGCCGAAUGCCCAAUGCAACUUGAGGACUUUCCGAUGGAUGCCCAUGCUUGCCCUCUGAAAUUUGGCAGCUAUGCAUAUCCUAAUUCCGAAGUUGUCUAUGUCUGGACUAAUGGAACCACUAAGUCAGUGGUGGUGGCAGAAGAUGGCUCCAGGUUGAACCAGUACCACUUGAUGGGGCAGACGGUGGGCACUGAGAACAUCAGCACCAGCACAGGUGAAUACACAAUCAUGACGGCUCAUUUCCAUCUGAAGAGGAAGAUUGGGUACUUUGUCAUCCAGACCUACCUUCCCUGCAUAAUGACUGUGAUCUUGUCACAAGUGUCCUUUUGGCUGAACAGAGAAUCGGUCCCUGCCAGGACAGUGUUUGGGGUGACCACAGUGCUGACCAUGACUACCCUCAGCAUCAGUGCUCGGAACUCUCUACCCAAAGUGGCUUAUGCUACAGCCAUGGACUGGUUCAUAGCUGUGUGCUAUGCUUUCGUGUUCUCUGCGCUGAUUGAGUUUGCCACCGUCAACUAUUUCACAAAGAGAGGCUGGGCCUGGGAUGGCAAAAAAGCCUCAGAAGCAGCCAAGGUCAAGAAAAAGGAGCGGGAACUCAUACUAAAUAAGUCAUCAAAUGCUUAUACUACUGGGAAGAUGACCCACCCCCCCAACAUCCCAAAGGAACAGACCCCUGCAGGGACCUCAAAUGCUUCCUCAGCCUCAGUAAAGCCUUCCGAAGAGAAGACUUCUGAAAACAAAAAGACUUACAACAGCAUCAGCAAGAUUGACAAAAUGUCCCGAAUUGUAUUUCCAGUCUUGUUUGGCACUUUCAACUUAGUUUACUGGGCAACAUAUUUGAAUAGGGAACCGGUGAUUAAAGGGGCUGCCUCUCCAAAAUAAUUCACUGUACUCCCAAACUCCAAGAGAGCCAUACUUCCAGCAGAAUGGUUACCAAGGAGAGGUUGAGCUCAGAGGGACUCUCCAUAUUCGGGCACUGUCUUUCAGGAAAUUUUUGCAUGUUUAAUAAUAUGUACAAAUAAUAUUGCCUUGAUGUUUCUAUAUAUAAUGUCAGAUGUUUCAAAGAUGUCACAUUGAUAAACAAAGCGAACAACUUUCUAGAAAAACAGGAGACAAUGGCUUUGACACUCAGAUACUCAGUAUCUUACACUGAUAGUUUACAAACAAGAUAAGUAUAUUUUUAACUGUUCCAAGUGUUACAUAACAAUGUUUUUUAUACUUCAAAUGUCAUUUCAUACAAAAUUUCCCAGCAAAUAAAUAUUUUAGGAAAUGCUCCAUGAUUAUUACUUGACCAACUCUCUUGCAAGAAACAAAGAUCACAAAGAGCACAUUUUUCAUUAAAAAGGAAACUGUGGGCAUUUAUGUACAAAACUAAUUGCCUUUGAUAAUUCUUACUGGUCUGAAAUUAGAAAGUACUGCAUGAUACUACAUUAAGAAAUAUAUUAGGCAAAUAUUUAUGCAGAUAAAUUUAAUAACAGAAAUAUAAGAUAUGUUAGAUUAGGAGAUAAAAUAUUUCCCCAAAGAAAAAAUAAAUGGCUUAAAAAAUCUUUUUUUUAAUUUUUCUUUGGAAAAGAAGCAUUUCC